AUGUCAGAUAUGGAUAAAGAAGUCGAAAAUUUCCGAGAUGAUAAUUGGAAGUGGCCUUGCUACGAAGAUUAUUACAACCAGCAAACUGGGAAGAGGGAACGAACGGAAAAAAUUAAAACUCAAAAAAGUGACUCUCCUUUCAUUAUUAUUUAUGAAUACGCGGAAAAGGAUUGCACAACAUAUGUUGAAUUGAGUUGCAAGGCGUUGAUCAAUAAACUAAAAGGCAUCCUUUCUGAGAAUAAUGACUUAAAGUGCCGCACUCCUAAGAUCGAAGCUAAGAUCCUGUUUCAUGACCUAGACAAACUACAUGAUGCCACUGAAUCCGAAUUAAUAUCUACGCAUGAAACUGUGACAGAAUCUGACGAAUCAACCAUUUACUUGAAGCACUUGAUCCGUUUUCUUAAAGAAGAAUAUAAACAAGAGAUAUGUACUAGAGAAUGGAUGAUUGCAAUACGUGUAGUUUCAUUUGAUAUGUUGUGGGUAUUCUUUCCUCCAAAGAAUCAAUGUAACUUAUCUGGCCAAAAGCUCGGUGGUGAAGUUUCUAUAACAUAUGAAUAUAGAGACUACCGAGAUGAUCCAGAAGGAAUAAGGGUAUUCGUGAUUUCCAUUAAGAUGAUCGAUUGUGAUGGUGAGGGAUUUAAAGAAGGCUGUAUAAGACGUAAAAUAGAGUACUUUGUGGGUGAGAAGAAAUUCUCCGAGUUAAUUGUUGCUCCAUUUGAAUAUCUUGAAUGCCAAAACUCCCUUGAGAAAAAUUUUGCUGAGCGUGGAAAAAAGUUUUUUGACCUCGCAAAAGGGAGGCAUUAUCAGGAAUAUAAAGGCCCGCUAUUACGCUGGAAACGAGUGAACAAUUGUGUUAAAGUAGAGAGAAUAAGGGCUGAUGGCCGCAUUAUGAUUGAUGUUGAAAGUUUUGCGCUAAUGAAUCCUGAUUACGAAUUUAUGGAAAAUGCUACACCGCCAAACGAAUGUGACACUCAAUUGCUUAAAGCGAGAAAUAUUUAUCUCGAUGAAAAGAAAUUAAUAAAAGAACAUCAUAUUCGCGCACCCGCAAUAGUUUAUGGUUUUAGUUUUGCAUUGAAAGAAUGGGGAUGUUUUGAUGUUUCAAAAAUAAACAACGUACAUUUUGAUCCAAAUGCCUUAAAUAGUCUAGUGAUACCUAUGGAACAAAGAGAAAUACUUGAAGGGCUAGUGAAAAAGUGUACAGGGUCAAACAAAGGUGUCAAUCACUCAUCAUCGAAAUCGCUUGAUCCCAUUGUCGGUAAAGGUAAUGGAUGCAUCUUCUUAUGUUAUGGACCUCCUGGCACGGGAAAAACGUUAACUGCUGAAUCCGUAGCUGAAUUCCUUGAACAUCCUUUAUGGAUGAUGAGCGUGCACGAACUUGGGACAGAGCCUGAUAAAGUGGAACAAAAACUUGUCCAGAUCCUAUAUAUAGCUCAUAAAUGGAAUGCCGUUCUUUUACUUGACGAAGCUGAUAUUUAUCUCGAAAGACGCAACACAACUGAUCUAAAACGUAAUGUAAUGGUUAGCAUAUUUUUACGUCAUUUGGAAUACUAUCAAGGUGUCCUAUUCUUGACAACAAAUCGUGUCACAAAUUUUGAUCCCGCGAUCUGUUCACGGGUUAAUAUGUUUUUCCAUUAUCCAAAAUUCGAUCAGAAGAAAAGAAAAGAAGUUUGGACUAAAUUUAUUGAGAAAUUAAAGAUACAACUCAAUGUGGAUGAUUUUAUUAAUUUUGAAUUAAAUGGUCGCGAAAUUCGUAAUGUUUUACAUGCUGCAAAUUUAUUAGCUCAAGAGCAGGGCAAAAAAUUAACUAAAGAUAUAGUUAUAAAAGCUAUCAUGAAUAUUCAUAAUUUCCAUGAAGAAAGAAAAAUUACAGCGAAGG